UUUUCAGCAUAGGAAACUAUCGAACUUCAAUGGCAAAAAGCAAAGGAAAAAUCCAGUGGAGCCUCUAAUAUUUAAAGAUUUUCAAUACAUACUUCAAUCUUCACUUGGAGGUUUUGGACACAAAAACAAUGAAACAAAUGUUCCUGAUCAACAUAUUGCUGCUGUUACUCCACAUAUUCCUGCUAUAAUUGAUCACAAUAUUCCUGUUAUUGAUAAGCAUAUUGAUUUUAUCAUUCCUUCUAAUGUUUCAAUGUUUGAUCAAUAUGUUGCUGAUUCUGCACCUAUUCAUGUUCCUGCUCUUAGUGGUCCUGCAGAUUCUGGCCCAUAUCAAAAUAUUUCAGCAAUUAUUCUCAAUCAGAAUGAACCUGCCCUUUCGUAUUCUGUCUAUGAUCAAAAUUGUUCUGCUGUUACUGAUGCACUUGAUCAAAGUGUGACAGAUAUUACAUCUGCAAUUACUCCUGUUGCAGCUGAGAAUGAUCAUCUAAGUUUUUCUGUUACAACAGUUGCAACUGAAAAAAAUCUUGUUACUUCUGCUGCCGCUGAGCAAAAAAAUUGUGCCAUUAUUACUUCAGAACCUAGUGAGAAUGUUCCAGCUGAUUUCAUUUAUGGUGUUCCACAUUUCAUAGAUGAUGGAAAAUUGUGUGAUGUUACUCCUCCUGCACAUGAUGAAAAUGUUGUAGCUUAUGGUGAUACACCUUUUCUUGAUGAAAUUUUUUGUGCUACUAAUGGUGCAGCAGUUAAAGAUAUUGAUGAUAUUUCAGCUCUGUUGACAGCUAUUGAUCAAGAUAUUCCUGCUUUUGAGAUAAAUAUGUUUAAUCUUUCUAAUGUCCUUCAUGAUACUCCUGUUCCUACCAAUCAUGAGAACAUUAUUGUGAUUGAUGAAGAAACACCCGUUCCUGCUCAGGAUCCCCACAUGUCUACCAUUGAUGAGGAUUUUAUUGUUCCUAAACAAGAGACUGGUGAAGCUCCCCACCCAAUAACCAUAGGUUGGGAAAUGGAAAAACAGCUGAUCAUGGAGACUGCUAAUAAUGCUAUGGAAGAAUUAAUAAGGCUUCUUAAAUUGAAUGAGCCUUUCUGGUUUAGGUCUACAGAAGAUGAGAGAUUCGUUUUUCAACGUGAGACCUAUGACAAGAUUUACCAUAAGAGCAGUUAUUUAAAGGGGCCUCGUAAGCGUACAGAGGCAACCAAAGAUUCAGUUAUAGUAAGCAUGGGUGCUGCACAGUUGGUUGACAUGUUUCUAAAUUCGGAAAAAUGGAUGAAUCUUUUUCCAACAAUUGUUAAAGAUGCAGUAACAGUGGAAGUAUAUGAAGAAGGUUCGAUGGAAAACAGAAAUGGAGCUUUGCAGUUGAUGAAUGCAAAAAUGCAUAUUCUAUCCCCAUUGGUGCCAACACGAGUUGCCUCAUUCCUUCGAUAUUGUAAGCAAAUAGAAGAAGGCGUAUGGGUGAUAGCAGAUGUGUCAGUGUCAGUCGGUUCCAUACUAGAUGCCACCUGUCCUCCUAAUGUUUGGAAGUUUCCAUCUGGAUGCAUGAUUCAGGAACUUACCAAUCACUCCUGCAGGGUAUCUUGGGUGGAACACAUAGAAGUGGAUGAUAAGAGUAAAACUGACUUGCUAUUCAGAAAAACUAUUUGUAGCAAUAAUGGAUAUAGAGCUGAAAGAUGGCUUUUGACAUUGGAAAGAAUGUGCCAGAGAUUUUCAACUCAUUCAAUUCAAACUAUUCCUUCUCUAGGACUAGGAGAGAUUAAUACAAAUGAAGGA